UGUAACACAUCUCUCUUGCGUUCUAAACUUUGAAUCAUUAUUAUUUACACUCUCGUUGUGCCUGUUCGUACGGGUUGUUCGGUCGAACGCACGACUCUGCGAUCAUUGCUUCCCGCACACGUUAUACGAUUUACAACGUCGUGCAUACUCAAAAGAAACUCAAAAGAUUACUGCAAAUCAGUGAAUUUUACAUUAUAAACCAUUGUGUCGAUUGUGUGUGUAAGUGUGAAUACGCAAAAAGAUGUCCGUGACACCUGGCGAAGAAUCCGAUGAAGAUUUCGACGAGUUCGAGGAAGAUGAUGAGUUCGGCGAAUACGACAGCUCUGAAUUUAGUGGCGAAUUCGAUUAUGACGGCGAUUCAUACAGCGACGAAGAAGAUGAAGAUGACGAAGACAACGAAAGUGAGGAAAACAACGAAAACAACGAGCGAGAUGAAGGCGAUGAAGUCAACGAAGACAACGAAGAUGACGAAGACGACGACGAAGACGAACAUGAAGCCGUUGACCAAAACCGAUUAGAAGAUUUGAAGAGCAUAAGUGAGAGGCUCCAGUGGGCUGGCAGAAGACAGCUAGAGGAUCUCGUUGAACAACUUCGUUCCAUGUUCAAAUAUUGGAGAGGCGGAUACCCUGAUUUGAACAGCAUUUUCGAGCGCGAGCAGAUGGAGCGGCUUCUCACGGAGGUCGUCAAGUUCUCCGGCAACUCGUCCGAGAGAGCCGACUUCAUCGAUUUCGUGUACAUCGCCAACUACAAGGACGAGCCCAAAGUCGAUCACAGGGGCAAACCGAUGCUGCGUCGCACCACGCCGCUGCAUCGCGCGGCCAAGGAGGGCCGAAGCGUGACCGUCGACAAGCUCUUCUCGGCCUACGACAGGUACGACCUGAACUACGCCGACAAGACCGGCUUCACGCACUUCCACGCCGCCUGCAUGUCCGAGGGCUGCGAGCUCGCCGUCGAGAAGUUCCUGAAGGCCGGCCAGAACGUCAACUGCGUCUGGCGCGAAACGGGCGACACGCCGCUACACGUGGCCCUGGACAAUUACAAUCACAGGACGGCCGAGCUGCUGCUGAAAAACGGCGCCAAUCCCAAUUUGGCCAACAAGAACGGGCUCACAGCUCUGCACGUCAUGUGCAAGACUACCAGCGAGGAUAUGAAUGUGCUGUUCGACCUCUGCGACGAUAAAUACAAGCCGGUGCAGAUCGAUGCCCGCGACAAGUCGGGCAAUACACCGCUGCACUUGGCCUUGGGCCGCAACAACCAGAAGGUGGUCGAAUUGCUGUUGAGACGAGGCGCCGAUCUGUCUGCGGCCAAUGCAGAGGGAUUCACACCCCUGCACAGAAUCUGUCAGAACGAGUGGGAUCACGGCUCGGCGAAUCUGUUAUUCAAGAUCUGCGAGGAGGAACAUCGCACGCUGGAGAUCGACGCCGUGGACAAUUUGGGUCGAACACCGCUGCAAUGGGCCGUGGCGAGUCUCUUGCCAAAGGUGAUCAAUAUUCUACUGGAUCAUGGCGCUGAUCUGUCCAGCUUCGUUUUGCCAACCGAGAGCCAUUUUGAGGAACACUGGAAAACGUUCAGAAUCAAAGAUUGGGGAUUGAAAUUGGAAAUGACAUCUCGCAUUCUGAUCUGCGUCGAGCGCCUAGAAAAAAAAGGAUACGAGCUGGGCCGUAGCGAUGUCCUGACGAUCAUGAAAUUAUUCGCAAAUCACGGUGUGUUCGAGAAAACGUCGAAUCUCGAUGAGCAUUGGUACGACGACAAGGAGUUCGCGGAAACAGCGAAGAGGCGGAUGGUGAGUCCGAAUCUGUCGCUCUACGACGCGAUGCGAUUGCUACCCGCGAAAGCCAUCAAACUACUCCCGUUCGCGGGCUACGCUUCAUUUGCACGCCAAAAUAGUCUUUACAUGCUCUCCGACCAACAUCGCGAGGCGAGCGUCGCGCACCUAUGCGAUAUUCUGGCGAGAGGAUUUUGCCAACGAUGGGCGCUGGAGUUUUUCUUGACGAUGACCGGCUAUCGACUGCCGAUUCUCUGCUGCGAAAAGAUCUUCGAGCCACUGACGAACAAGGAUUUCUGGCGGAUCUGCUUGGCCUCCAGAGGCUCGAAAAGAGUUUACAACGCUACAGAGGUGGUAGCUGUAGCUCACGAAGAUCAUCAAUCUAAAAAACGCAAGCUGUGAUAUACACGUUGGUUAUUUUUGAAGUCUUGUUGCUGAGCAAUGAGUGUCAUAAUCUUAAUUAUAAAUGAAAAUAUAAAUUCAUUAAUUGGAUUUUAACUUUUUUUUUCCACGUUUUAAUUUUAUAAUAAUUUAUGUUUUAAUUACAAAGAAUAAUAAAGAAGUUUCAUUGUAACAAACAA